AUGGCGGAAGAGGAGGUGGCCAAGCUGGAGAAGCACCUGCUGCUGCUCCGCCAGGAGUACGUGAAGCUGCAGAAGAAGCUGGUGGACACGGAGAGGAGGUGCAGCCUCCUGGCUGUGGAGGCCAACCAGGACAAUGCCAGCGACACCUUCGUCAGCCGACUGCUCGGCAUCGUGGCUGAGCUCUACCAGCAGGAGCAGUACAGUGAUCUGAAGAUAAAGGUUGGGGACAAGCACAUCAGAGCUCACAAAUUCGUGCUGGCGGCGCGCAGUGACACGUGGAGCCUUGCCAACCUCGCCUCCACCGACGAGCUGGACCUGUCAGCAGAUGCUGACCCAGAGGUAACCAUGGCAAUGCUGAGGUGGAUCUACACAGAUGAACUGGAGCUCAGAGAAGAUGAUAUCUUCCUGACAGAGCUCAUGAAACUGGCUAAUAAAUUCCAGCUCCAGCUGCUUAGGGAAAGAUGUGAAAAAGGAGUCAUGUCACUAGUUAAUGUCAGGAACUGCAUCCGCUUCUACCAGACUGCUGAGGAGCUGAGUGCCAGCACCCUCCUGAACUACUGUGCAGAGAUCAUUGCCAGUCACUGGGACGACCUGCGCAAGGAAGAUUUCAGCAGCAUGAGUGCCCAGUUACUGUACAAGAUGUUCAAGUCCAAGACAGAAUAUCCUCUGCACAAGGCCAUUAAAGUGGAGAGGGAAGAUGUGGUCUUCUUGUACCUUAUAGAAAUGGAUUCGCAGCUUCCUGGGAAGCUCAAUGAACUGGAUCCCAAUGGAGACCUGGCUCUGGACCUGGCCCUGGCCCAGCGGCUGGAGGGCAUUGCCACCACCCUGGUGGCCCACAAGGCUGACGUGGACAGGGCAGACCCCAGGGGCUGCAGUCUGCUGCACAAAGCCAUCCACAGGGGAGAUAAAUUCGCUGCAAACUUUCUCAUUAAAAACGGUGCCCGUGUGAAUGCUGCUACCCUGGGGGACCAGGAGACCCCUCUGCACCUCGUGGCCUCCUACAGCCCCAAGAAACACUCCCCUGACGUCAUGGCAGAGAUGGCACAGAUUGCUGAGUCCCUCCUGCAGGCAGGAGCCAACCCAAACAUGCAGGACAGCAAAGGCAGGACCCCGUUACACGUGUCCAUUGUGGUGAGGAACGAGCCUGUGUUCAGUCAGCUGCUCCAGUGCAAGCAACUAGACUUGGAGCUGAAGGAUCAUGAGGGAAGCACAGCUCUGUGGCUGGCAGUUCAGUACAUCACCGUGUCGUCUGACCAGUCUGUGAACCCCUUCGAGGACGCCCCUGUUGUGAAUGGAACCUCCUUUGACGAGAACAGCUUCGCAGCGAGGCUGAUCCAACGAGGCAGCAACACAGAUGCUCCAGACACAGUGACAGGAAACUGCUUGCUUCAGAGGGCAGCUGGUGCAGGAAAUGAGGCCGCUUCUCUCUUCCUAGCAACUCACGGGGCAAAAGUCAACCACCAAAACAAACGGGGAGAAACCCCCCUGCACACAGCCUGCAGGCACGGCCUGGCAAACCUGACAGCAGAACUGCUGCAGCAGGGAGCCAAUCCCAACAUCCAGACAGCAGAGGCAGCGCUUGGGCAGAAGGAUUCAUCUGCUCCUCCAACAGCAGAGAAUGUUCACCUGCAGACUCCCCUCCACAUGGCCAUCGCUUACAAUCACCCAGAUGUGGUGUCAGUCAUCCUGGAACAAAAAGCUAAUGCUCUUCAUGCCACCAACAACUUGCAAAUUAUUCCUGACUUCAGUCUGAAGGACUCGAGGGACCAGACUGUGCUGGGCUUGGCUCUUUGGACAGGCAUGCAUACCAUCGCAGCUCAGCUGCUGGGAUCGGGGGCCUCCAUCAACGACACCAUGGCAGAUGGGCAGACUCUGCUGCACAUGGCCAUCCAGAGGCAGGACAGCAAGAGUGCCCUCUUCCUGCUGGAACAUCAGGCAGAUAUAAAUGUCAGGACACAGGACGGGGAGACGGCCCUGCAGUUGGCCAUCAAAAACCAGCUCCCUCUGGUGGUGGAUGCCAUCUGUACCAGGGGAGCAGACAUGUCCGUGCCAGACGAGAAGGGGAAUCCUCCCCUGUGGCUUGCCCUGGAAAACAACCUGGAAGACAUUGCAUCAACUCUGGUCAGGCAUGGCUGUGAUUCAACCUGCUGGGGGCCAGGACCAAGUGGCUGCCUCCAAACCCUCCUGCACAGGGCUAUUGAUGAGAACAGUGAACAGAUUGGAUGCUUCCUCAUCCGCAGUGGGUGUGAUGUGAAUAGUCCCAGAAAGCCGGGCCCGAAUGGAGAGGGAGAAGAGGAGGCUCAUGAUGGACAGACACCCCUACAUUUGGCAGCCUGCUGGGGCCUAGAAGAGGUGAUCCAGUGCCUUCUGGAGUUUGGUGCCAAUGUCAAUGCUCAGGAUGCAGAAGGAAGAACUCCAAUCCACGUUGCCAUUAGCAACCAGCAUAAUGUUAUCAUUCAGCUGAUGAUCUCCCAUCCUGAUAUCAAGCUGAAUGUCCGUGACAGGCAGGGAAUGACUCCCUUUGCUUGUGCCAUGACGUACAAAAACAAUAAAGCAGCUGAAGCGAUCCUGAAGAGGGAACCAGGGGCUGCUGAACAGGUCGAUAAUAAAGGCCGGAAUUUCCUGCACGUGGCUGUUCAGAACUCGGACAUCGAGAGUGUGCUGUUCCUGAUCAGUGUCCAGGCCCAUGUGAACUCCAGGGUCCAGGAUGCCUCCAAACUGACCCCUCUGCACCUGGCAGUGCAGGCUGGCUCCGAGAUCAUCGUGCGCAACCUGCUGCUUGCAGGGGCCCAGGUGAACGAGCUGACCAAGCACCGCCAGACUGCCCUGCACUUGGCAGUACAGCAAGACCUGCCCACCAUCUGCUCGGUCCUUCUGGAGAAUGGAGUGGACUUUGCAGCUGUAGAUGAAAAUGGGAAUAAUGCUCUUCACCUGGCAGUGAUGCACGGCCGGCUGAACAACAUCCGGGUGCUCCUCACGGAGUGCAAUGUGGAUGCAGAAGCCUUUAAUGUCAGAGGCCAGUCACCAAUGCAUAUUUUGGGACAAUAUGGGAAAGAUAAUGCAGCAGCCAUCUGUGACCUCUUCUUGGAGUGUAUGCCAGAGUACCCUCUAGACAAACCUGAUGCUGAAGGAAACACAGUGCUGCUCUUGGCUUACAUGAAGGGAAAUGCCAACCUGUGUCGUGCAAUAGUGAGAGCUGGGGCUCGGCUUGGGGUCAACAACAAUCAGGGAGUCAACAUCUUCAACUACCAAGUUGCUACAAAACAGCUGCUCUUCAGGCUGCUGGAUAUGCUGACAAAAGAACCUCCCUGGUGUGAUGGCUCCAACUGCUACGAGUGCACUGCCAAAUUCGGAGUCACGACAAGGAAACAUCACUGCCGACACUGUGGACGCCUGCUCUGCCAUAAGUGCUCAACAAAGGAGAUUCCCAUCAUCAAAUUUGAUCUGAACAAGCCAGUCCGAGUUUGCAACAUCUGCUUUGAUGUCCUGACUCUGGGAGGAGUCUCCUAGUAUGCUGUGGAAGGAAAGGGAUUCCCAGUCAGUGCUCCUGACAGCAGCUCUGCUUACAAGCCCUCUGGAUAGGGAAGAGGAGGCCUAUACACGUCUUCUGCAAUAGACUGAACUAAUUAAGGACCCUGUUAUGAUAUACUCUGGUAUAAAUGACUUUGUAUGACUGUAAAUGUAUCAGGCUGUGAUAGACUUCACUAGGAAUUCGAGUGGAUCGUGGCAACCGAGUGACAAAAGAACUUAGACCCUCUUCUAGUUGCAGUGGGGUAUGGAAGCUGAAAUGGAGACCGAAUCGAUGCAAAACAGGUGUGUCCUUGACAUGGUGCUUUGCACUGAGCAACUCUAUUAAGUCCUGUGGCUUUCAGGCUGCUUAGUAGAGAUGGCAUUAAGUUUCAGGGUAACCAGGUUAUCUUCCUUUGCUUUGUCUUAAAGAUAAACGUUCCCCUUCUCUAGAGAAGACUUCUUGUGAAGCUAAACUGAGCUGUUGCAACCACUGUUCAUUUCAAGAAACUCUUCACACCCGGGGUAGUUCUGAGUAGAGCUCCAGAAUUGUGGCCUUACAACAGAAAGCUUUACACCAUCUGAUGCAGAGCAGUCAGAAUUGCAGACCCACAUCUUGAUACCUCCUCAGCAAAGUCUCGUCAGCUUUAGCAUGUUCUGAAGUGCAGGAUUGUCUGAGGCAGUAAAUGCUCUUGCUCAUCCCUGCUAGAACCGUC